AUGCCGGCAUAUGAGGGCAACGAAGAAGACGACUACAGCGAUGGUGAACUCGAGCAAUACGGCAUGUACCCUGAGCCUCGCACUGCACAGAAUCCUUAUUUCCUUCGCUCGUCGCAUACUCACCGCCUUGUGGACAUCCCGGCAUACGAAGAAGAAGACGACAAAGACCGCUACAGCUGUGGUCAACGCGACCAAGACGACUACUCCCCUGAGCCCAGCACUCCAGAGAACUCUUUCCCCGGUCGCCCAUUCCGUACUCAGGACCAAGACGACGUUCAACCUGAGCGCAGCACUGCACAGAACUCUUCCUUCCGUCGCAAAAGACGUGUCCGCAAGACAUACCACGACUCUGACGGGACAUACUGCGGCCCUCACUCGGAGAGCAAGUGCGAGAUGGACUACGGCAAUGGAGACUAG